CACGACUAGAAUUGAACUGCUCACGAAUUUGUUGGAUAGAUGGCGACCUAUGACUUGUAGAUUCUGGUGAUAAAUUACGUAUAGGAACGCGUGUGCGUCGGGAUGUUGAUCUGCUACGAUGAAGAUGACCACGAGAAAAAAAUUGGAUGAGGGGUGAAGUGUGUUACUGAUUUUGGGGGAUGAAGUGUCUUAAGGGGUGGAGUGUCUUCGAAAUUUGAGGAGUGAAGUGUCUGGUGGGUGAGAUGUCUUGCUACCAAUGUUCGGAUCUGAGUCACGUGAUUGAUAAAUGAAACGUACAAGGGAGUGUUCAUAUCUGAUGAUCUAACACCGUUGAGGCUACGUCUAAAGGAUUAUAUCAAGGAAUCGGGGAAAGUUUCUAAACUUUACACUCGUGAUGGUAACAUUCAUUGUUUAUUCAAGAAUAAAGAUGAAGUAAUCUCUUCACCAGAUGAUCUUUUUAAGAUUGAGUUGCCAAUUGACUUUAGAAAACUUGGUCUUGAAGCCUAUGAAUAGGAAUACGCAGAGGCUCAGUCUACUCGUAACCAGUUAUGUUUGGGAAUAAAUGACCCUAUUAGUUCAUCUUCAUUUAAUUUUUGUUCUAGUUAUAACUUGAUCGGUGGUCAAGACUGUUCAACAAGUAACGAUUCCAAUAAGUUUAUUUCAGUUGAUAUAGUUUCUAACCAGGGUGAUGAUGGAAACAAGUUAUCUUGUAGUAAAAAUGACAACAUUAAUAAACAGUUAUCGCACGUUGAUUUUUAUUACCAUAAUAGUGAUAUAGGGGCAUGUAGUAUGAACUUAAAAUUUGACUCUAAUCAAGUUAAUAUGUGUGUAUCUGCUGACAAGGAUUCUACUUUAAGUAAUCAUGAUGAUAAACAGUUACCGAAUAACAGUGACUUGGGUCAAGUGAAUCAAAAUCAGUGGAACAAUGAUAAUUCUAGUCAUAUAGAUCAGUGUUUAAUAAAUAUUCAACCUUGUUCGAGUACAAGUUACUCAAGUCAGUUAAAAUCAUCACUUGUUAACUCUAGUGAUUUAAGUAUGCUUAAUUCUUUUAAUAAUUGUGAUGAUAUUUCACAUGAUCAUGUAUAUUGUAUGUCUAAUAUUUCUAAUAUUACAAAAUGUUGUUCUAUAAAUGUAUGUGGGCUUAGAUCUAAACUUGUAAUUCCAGACUUCAUUAAUUUUGUUGAAAAAUACGAUAUAUUUUUUGUUUCUGAAACUAAAUUAGAUGCAUAUGACACUGUUUGUAUGAAAGACUAUGUUUUCUUUCACAAAUUUCGAGAUAAAUGCCGUAAUAAAUCGGGGGGAGUGGGAGUUUUUAUCAAGAAAUCUUUAUCCACAAAGUUAACUGUGUUAGAUUGUAGCUCUGAGAAUUUUUUAUUUUUAAAAUGCAAAGAUUCUGAUGUCAUCUUUGGAAAUGUUUAUAUUCCUCCUGAAGGAUCUCAUUAUAGCUCUCUUGAAUUAUUUGAUAGCUUAGAAAGUUGUAUUAUUGAUUUGAAAAUCAAAUUUGCAAACUGUUUAUUCUGUAUUUUUGGUGAUUUCAAUGCAAGAACUGGUUCCUUGAGUGAUUUUGUUGACUUUGAUAAGUAUGUAAUUAAUGAAAAUUUUGAUGAUAUUACCAUGCAACAUAUAGUUAUGAAUAACCUUGAUGAACUUGGUUUCCCUGUUGAACGUUUUUCUUGUGACAGCAAAUGUAAUAAUUAUGGCCAGAGACUUAUUCAGUUGUGUAAAUCUGCAAAUAUCUUUAUUGGUAAUGGUAGAUGUGGUAAUGAUGCAUAUAUUGGUAGAAACACAUGUAAUAAAGGUAAUGGUAGCUUGAUUGAUUAUUUGCUUAUGUCAGGAAUUUUGUUCCCUUGUAUAACAUAUUUUAAUGUUUUGCAAUUUGAUCCAAUUUUAUCUGAUGUGCAUUGUGCAUUGGAAUUUUGUUUUAACUUGAACAUUAUACCAGAUUGUAAUGUUAUGGAUGCAAGUAUCAAAUCUAAAGAUGAUGUUUGUUAUAGGCCUGUGUGGAGUUCUAAUUUAAGUGCUAGUUAUAAGCAUAAGUUCGAUAGCACAGCUGUAUCAAAUUUAUUGGAUGAGCUUAAAGAGGUUUGUGAAAAUCUUCAUUUUGAUGUAAAUGUUGUUAAUCAUUUGACCGGUAAAGUGUCUGGUAUUUUAACCGAUGCAGCUGUAAGUUGUGAUCUUAUAAAGAAAAACGUUAAUCAUAGGAAGUCUAAGAAAAACAAUAAAAUUUGGUUUGAUAGUGAUUGUAAAAAUGCUCGUAUUCAAUAUAUGAAUUAUAAAAACAUGUAUAGCAGGAACCCUACUGCAGAAAAUAAAGAGAGUUUAGUUUGUAGUAGCCGACAGUAUAAAAAAGAAGUUAAGAAAAAGUUUAGAGCAUAUCAGAAAAGCAUUGUUGAUAAAAUUAAAGGUUUAAAAAAUAAAGAUCCUAGAUCUUAUUGGAGUCUAUUGAACAAAUAUUCAGGUGAUCGGAAGGAAGUUAUUAACAAAGUAACAACUGAGGCUUUUUUUGAUCAUUUUAGUAAAUUGAAUGAGGUUGACACUCAAGUUGACAUUGAUGACUUUGAUAUAACUAAUGUCUUGUCAAAUAACUCUGAUUUAGAUAAACCAUUUACUGUAUUAGAAAUGCGUAAAGCUAUUAUUUCACUGAAAAACAAUAAAGCAUCAUCUUCCUUUGAUCAUGUAUUGAAUGAAUAUCUGAAGAAUGUACCCGACAGCAUGUUUGAUGUGUUUUUGUUAUUUGUUUAA